AUGAAACAAAGUAUUAAAACCAGGAAAAUUGGAACGUUGACACUAAUAUUAAUAAUGAUAAUAAUAUGUACUAUUUUUACUACUGUCUCUAAUAAAACAUUGUCAUACUAUAAUACAGACAAUGGGUUUAUUCAACCUAACAGUGAUAUACGUUGGUUACCUAUACAUAGUAACUAUAAAGAUAUUCAAAGUAGCACAACAGAAGAGCAAAAGAAUGUCAUUAAUAAGAUAGAAAGUAUUAAAAAGGAGGUACAGUUCAACCAACACAACAUUCCAAAAAAUAACAUUAAUGUAGAAUCAAAAACUUUAGAAAAUACUAGACAAAGCCUAAAACGACAUAAAGUUGAUCUAGAGUUUCAAAGGAUAAUAGAUAUAUCACCUUUAGUUCUAUUUUUUGAGUCGAGUAACAAAAAUAGCUUAAAAAUUAAAAAUAUAAUACUAAAUGAAUAUGAAGUAUACCCUGAAAUAACAAUAGUUGAUUUCGACAAAUACUUUAACAAAGAUGAACUUAAAUCAUAUGUUCAGGAAAGCGUUCAUUUAAAUCCUACAGGUAUCAGUAAUUCCACAUAUUUAUUUUUAAAGGGAACCCCAAUUAUCUAUCAUGAAUUAGAGGACAAAUUUCUAGAGCUGCAUUCGAAAAACUUUUUUGCUGAGAAGAUUAAAAAAAUCUGUAAAGGUUCUAUAUUAUUUAAUAAAAUAUACCUACCGUCGAAUAAUUGA